AUGAAUGAUAAGGACAAUCCCAUGUCAGGAUAUCAAUCCCAAAAUAAUAAGAUAAGUACGGUUGGUCUGCAACUGGAACAAUUGUCUAAUGCCAAAUUAGCAAUUGUUAGAAUCAAUUGGAUGCCCAAUCUACCAAUCGACGUCAUAGGUAAAAUUUUGACAGAAAUAUCAAACUUAGUACUGAAAUGUGGUGGUAGUAUGGUCAACCCAGUAUAUAUUGAAAGCUUCGAAUAUAUGCCUGAUGAUAAAAGAAUUCAAUUGAUUCAAGAACAUGAUUAUCAAUUCGAGGGAGGCUCGGCUGAAUUCGCCAGAUCCUAUGAAGAUACAGAAGUCAUAAAGAAAGAUGAAGAGUGGUCUUAUGAUAUUAUCCAUCAAGUACAAUUCAAAAGAAAGCACCAAUUGAGCAAUUUCGCAAAAGAAGUUUCUGAACUUUUGAGUUCAAAUUCCGACUUUAUCCAAAGAUGGUCUAUCUCACUUAACAAGAACGCACUAUCACAUCCUGGUAAUUUAUUUAUUGGAGGGAUUGAUAAAGCUAUUACAUUGAGCCAACUAACGACUAUUUUUUCAGUAUAUGGUCCAAUAAUAUCGAUCAAGCUAAUUAGCGACACUAAUAAUAACUCCAAGAAUAAUGAGACGAAUUACGGUUUUGUUUCCUACCAAUUUGGAUCACAGGCUGCAAAUUGUAUAAAUGAUUUGAAUGGUAAGAAAAUUCAUGAUUCCAAUUUAUUUAUUAAUUAUCAUGUUGAUGUUAAAGAAAGAGAACGUAUCCAAUGGCUAGAUGCCGAUGAAAAUAAUAAUGCCAAAAAUUUUAAAUGCGUAUUUAUUGGAAAUUUACCAAAAGUUGCUGUCAAUGGUGAGCCCAUUACAUGUGGCAUGAUACUAGAAACGAUCAAGGAUAGACUAAAGGAACAAUUCGCAAAUUUCGAAAUACUAUCUCACUAUUUUCCUGAAGAUACCGUCGACGACAGAUCUGAACUUCUAAAAGGUUACGGUUUUGUCAAGGUUGCGACACAUGAAGAGGCCAUUGAAAUAAUCAAUAGUUUCAAUGGUUAUGAGUUUCAUGGUAGCAAGUUGAUUGUUAACAGAGCGGUACAUAAUAGAAUACAUAAUGAAAAGAAUCAUAACCACAAUCAUGGUGAUAGAAUGGUAAUUGGUUCAAGAAACGGAGGAUUUUUUGAUGUCAACUUAGUAACUCCCUACUCCUAUUAUGGAAACGUAGCUGCCAACCCAUUGCCAGCGUAUGGUAAUAUUUCUCCCACUUUUAAAGAGCCAUACAUCAAUCAACUACCAAUCCCAAUGAGUGACCAACAAGAAUCCAAUCUUUACGUUAAACAUAUUCCAUUAGAGUGGAGAGAUACUGAAUUAUUUGAUUUUUAUAGAAAAUUUGGGGAGAUUAUCAGUGCAAAGGUUAUCACUGUUGGCGGAAGUAGGAAUAAUAGUCAUGUUGAUAUUGGUGAAAGUGAAAGCGGUACGCUCGUUCAUGGUCAAUCAAGAGGAUAUGGGUUCGUAUGCUUCGAAAAUCCAGUUGACGCAUCAAGAGCUAUUCUUGGUACAGAUGGGUUUGAAAUUGAUGAAAACAAUACUUUGUCUGCUUCAUUUGCACAAAAAAAGAACCUGAAGAAGAACAAGAGAGAUAAUGUAAAUGGUAAUAAUCCUAGUAGUAAUAGUGUGCCAAGAUACAAUAGAAAAUUUCUUAAUGCACUAACCCUGCAGCAAAACCAAAUAAUGCCAGUAAUACCAGUAGCAACACUACCAACAUAUCCAUACUUAAUACCUGCACCUUCUCCUAUGAUUCCUAGCCCUCCGCUGCCCGAAAGCUUCUUACACUUCAAUAUGCAACCGCCAUGUGGCAUUAUGCCACCCUAUUCACAACGGUGA